CAAGAAGAAGAAGACCCGUCCAACCCUUCUCUCCCCAUCCCUCCCCCAACCCCCCCAAGUCGAUAUGCCUCCCAGACGCAAACCCCAACCGUCGGCGAAGAAACCCCUGCGGCGUUCCGGAAGGGUCAAUUCCGCCGCGGCCAUGGCCGAUUCCGCCGAUCCAACCCCGUCCCCGCCGCCGCCGGAAGCCUCCUCUGCCGCCGCCAAGCCCGUCUCCGUCGAUCCGGCCCCGGAGUCGGCCUCCCCCGCCGCCGCCAAGCCCGUCUCCGCCGAUCCGGUCCCGCCCCAGGCCCCGGAGGCGGCCACCCCCGCCCCCGCCGCCAAGCCCGUCUCCACCGAUCCGGUCCCGCCCCAGGCCCCGGAGGCGGCCACCCCCGCCGCCGCCGCCGCCGCCAGACCCGAUCUGGACGGGCCGCCCCGGAGAUCCGCCACCGCCAGCAAGCUCAAGAAGCCCUUCACCGAGAAGCUCCGCGCCGCCGCGGAGGAGCGCCUCGCGCGCAUCCCGGUCGACCUCCGCCUCCGCCCGCUGGACGCCCCGCCGCCCUCCAUCUCCAACCACGAGGCCGCCCUCCGCGCCCUCGGCCUCCUCGACUUCGCGCGGUUUGACCCCGGAUCUGAGCCCCCGCGCCCCGACCUCGUCGCGCAACUCAUCGCCUAUUACGACCGGAUUAAUCAACGCAGCUUCGUCUGGGACACCCGCAUCAGUCUCAACCGCUCAGAAUUGGCCAUCGCCUUCUCCCUCCCCAAAAAGACUGUCGGGCCGCCCGUCCCGCCCCGAGGGUUCAAAACCGCGGCCUUGGUCUCCGCCGCCCUGGAGUUCAUGCGCGUCUGCAUCCAUCCCUGGUUCACGGAUUGCACACUGCCGCAUGAGGUGGCCGCCGCGGAACAGACUGUGAAGGAUGGGUCACCGCAUAAGGUUAACUGGGCCGCCAUCAUCUGGGGUAUCAUCGAGAAGGAGAUUCACGAGCUGCCCGGGAGGGAUGAUGGGGUGUGCCAAUACGGGGCGUAUCUUCAGCGGCUCAUCCGGGUGCAGAAGCCGCUGCUGUUUGACCUGCCGCAGAAAGAGGAGGCAGGGAAGCUUGUUCAGAAGGUGUCUUUUGAUUUAGUUAAGGACGAGCGUGGUGGGGAUGCAGAUGCCAGGAACAAGGGCUUGCAGGAGUUGGAGCCUAUAGAUGCAGAUACGGAUGCGAGCAGCAAGAGCCCGAAGGAAUCAGAGUUAGAGGGUGUGAGUCUGACCAGCAAGAGCUUGGAUGAAUCGGGACCUGCAGAUGCUGAUGCUAGUGGUCAUGACUUGAAGGAGUUGGAGUCUGGGGAUGCGAGGAGCAACAUCUUGGAGGAAUCAGAGACAGCAGGUGUGGAUUUGAGGAGCAAUGACUUGAAUGAGUCUGGGGAUGCGACCAAGAUCUUUGAGGAAUCAGAGACAGCAGCUGUGGAUUUGAAGAGCAAUGACUUGAAUGAGUCUGGGAAUGCGAGGAGCAACAUCUUGGAGGAACCAGAGACAGAAGGUUCGGAUUUGAGGAACAAUGACUUAAAGAAGUCAGAUUCUGGGGAUGCAGGGAGCAAGAGCAUGGAUGAAUUGGCGGAUGUGGAUGCUAAUGCAUUGAGCAAGUCACUGGAUACAUCAGUGGUGGCGGAUGGGGAUGCAAAGGGCAUGAACUUGGAUGUCGAGAUGGAGUCCGGGGAUGCGGAUGCUAAUGCAGGGAGCAAGUCACUGGAUACAUCUAUUGUGAUGGAUGAGGAUGCUAAGGGCUUGGAUGUUGAGAUGGAGUCAGGGGAUGUUGGUGCUAAUGCAGGGAGCAAGUCACUGGAUACAUUGAAGGUGAUGGAUGAGGAUGCAAAGGGCUUGGAUGUUGAGAUGGAGUCGGUGGAUGCAGAUCCUAAUGCAGGGAGCAAGUCACCGGAUUCAUUGAAGGUUAUGGAUGAGGAUGCAAAGGGCUUGGAUGUCGAACUGGAGUCGCGGGCUAUGGAUCCUAAUGCAAGCAAUAAUUCGCCGGAUACAUUGAAGGUGGUGAAUGAGGAUGCAAAGGUCAUGAGCUUGGAUGUCGAAUUGGAGUCAGGGGAUGCAGAUGCUAAUGCAAGGAACAAGUCACCAGAUACAUCAAAGUUGGUGGAUGAGGAUGUAAAGGUGGACGUGGAUGCUAAUGCAAGCAGCAACAAACUGGAGACACCCAAUGUGGUGGAUGGGGACUUCAAACUGCUGUUGGGGUGUGUGGAUGGUAAUGCAAGCAGCAAUAGACUGGAGCCACCAAAUGUUGCUGAUGAGGAUGAUGAAUUGCAGUUGGGGGAUGUGGAGAGAUUGGAGACAUCGAAGGUGGCGGAUGAGGAUGUAAAGGGCAUGAGCUUGGAUCAAUCAAAGGCAGGGGAUGCCAUGGUGCUGGAGGAAGCUGUAGCUCGUACACAUGAAAUAAAUACUGUGAAUGGUGAGGUUUUGGCAGACUUUGCAUGGGAGGAAGAUGAAGACACAAUUGUGGGUGCAGCAGAGAAGGAUGCAUGCCCAUCGCCGGAUGUGGAACUGGUGACACAGGAGAAAGUGCUAGUAGUGCCAGAGGAGGAUGAGGAGGCAGAAGAGGAAGAAGAGAAGGAUGAGGCAGGGUGGAGCUCUGCCAAUGAUGACGAUGACAGUAUGGAUGUCGAAGAUCAUGUAUCUGUCCAAAAUCUGGAUAGUGAUAAUGAGGAGGUGGAGGAGUCAGAGCGUGAUGCAUUUGAGGGGUGUAGCGGUGGAGUGGAGAUGAACUGGGGUAUUGGGGAUGAGAAGGGGGGCGAGGGGACGACACAUUGUUUACAGCAAUGUGACUUUCCAGGGGUGGAGUUUGAGAAUUUGAAUAAAGGGAAUGUUGGGAUGAGGGAUGGUGUGAGCUUUGAUGAUGGAUUCAAAAUGGGCUCCUUGCAUGGGAUGGAGUCAAACCUCCUCCAGGCUAUGAACUCAGAUCCUGCGGCAUAUAAUGGCACGGAGAAUGCACAUGACCUGUCCUCUGGAAAUUUCUUGGCUAUGGGGGCUGAUGCACAUAAGAAUGGAGUGGACCUGGGGGCCGGCAAUUCAUUUUUCUUUGGCAAUAAUAAUGGGAAGAGGCAUGUUGAGGAUAUUGAUGAUGGGUACGAUGACCAGAUGCAAACACAACAGCAGUUUCUGCAGGGCAAUCAACAUAAGCGGAUGCGGAACUCCAGCAGUAGUGUACCACCUGGAUCAGCAUUCUUCAAUGCAAACUAUUCAGAACCCAUACAGAACUUAUUGGUCAAUGCCAGCAUGUUAUAUGAACAGAAAGACAGAGAGAUUCAAGAGGCGCUGUCACAGAAGCAAUUUAUGGCCAACUUGCUGCAGGAGAAGGAAGCACUUAUCCACUCACUAAACUCAGCCAGGUUUGAGCAAGAGAAUAAGUUGCAAGCAAAGCUUAGGUGCUUUGAGCAUGAUCUGAAUGUGAUGGGUCAGUUGGUCAGUGGGUAUAAGAGGGCUUUGAAACAGAGUCAUGCUUCUUUCAAUGAGUACAGGAAGAAGUUCCCUUCUAACAAGUUCCGUUAUCAUGAUGUUCCUAAUGGUGGCGGUCUUGUCCUUAGCGUCAGGGAGUUGGAGAGGAAACGGUGGGAGGAAGAGCAGCAGAAACGGUGGGAGGAAGAGCAGCAGAAACUUGCAGUAAAUGAGAUGAUUGAACGUUUCAAGCUUGAAUGGUUUUCAAAGCCUGAUGAUUGGGAACAUCGCAUCAACCUUUUGUGGAGGAAAACUGAAGGGCUGGCUCGGGAGCUUGAUCUUCUCAAGGAAAAAAGAAAAGCAAAGCUUGCAGCCCUUGCUAGGGAAGAAUGAUUUCUCUGAUAGUUAAGAGGUUCUAAUGUGAAGAUGGAGAGGUCUCUUGGAUGUGUGCAUUGGAUGUUUGACGUCAACAGCGAGACAUGGCAUUGGCAACUGUGGCUAGCUCGUCGUGCAUUGUAGACUGUAGCGAAGAAGGCAUAAUUCCAGCUGUAAAUCAAAUGUUUUGUCAUCCAAGGGUGUUCUAGUGACCAUUACUAGUGCUUGCUUUAUUUAGAUGCCCUUUGGUUGAGUUCCUGCAUGGAGUAAAAUACUGGGUGGUGCCAGGUUAAUCUUAUAUGUGUAGAACAGUUCACAUAGUCUCUUACUUUUGCAUCCAACUUUGCGUGCUUGGUAGUUGAUUUAUACCUUAUUUUGCUUGAAUAUUGGAAGCUAACGGAGUGUAAUUAGGCA